CUAGGGAAAACUCCUCCAACAAACAGUAAGUUGCAAGCCAAAGCGACUUGGGCUUCAGGUCCGGAGGAAUGCAAAGCUCAGUGAAGAUGAUCAUGUGCGUUGCCGUUGUCAAUCAUCGGGUCGACCCACCUUGGCAUACCCUUUCAUCACUAUGGAUUCUUCUUGUUCGUUGUAACUGGAAGGUUUUGAUGAUGUUGUUUAAUUUCUAUGGCUCCUGCCUUGCGCCUUGUCCUAUAGUAGCUCCAUAUAUCCCUGGCGGAUCCGAGCGGACACUACUGACAGAGGACCCGUCCCCGUCUGCUCGCGGAGAGUUCACGCCAUUACACAACUCCUGAUCAACUUCCAGGACUCCCUUUCAAUGCCCGAUAAUUGCACUUUUCAAUUUCGCUUCCUUUCCCAAGAGCUUAUCUCCUCCGGUUCCUUCUGUUUUUUAUUUCUUCUUUAUUUUUUCUUUUGAUUGGUCAUCGCUACUCUAUGUUUUUCAGGGUGCUUUUUGUAAAGGGGAAGUCUGGGUGAAGGUUGUGUUGCAGCGUUGUUGAGAGGUGGUGAUAUUGGUCGAUUGGCAAAGAAGGAGAAGUUGAGAGAGAAGAAAGAAAGUAAUUUAUACCAG